UCGGGUAAUGGUUUUAGUGAGGAUAUUUUUUUACCAGGCAUGAUUCCUAGUUUUCAGUCUGUUUUAGGUGAUCAUGUUCCUCAGUCAAUUAAAGACAAAAUAAUAUCAGGCCAAUAUGUAGAUCUGGCAUGUUUGUUGGAGGCCCCGGUAGUUCCUGAAGAUUUAGGAAAACAUUUGGUUUUGAAUAAUUCGGGUGAAUUAGUGGUAAAGCCCAACAUGAAACAAAGCAUUGUGGAUAUAGCUUAAUGGACUGACGCAUUCCUCAUUUUCUCAAGCAUUUAUUUAAGUGCUCAUCCGGUUAAAAUGCAAGAUCUCUUAAAGUAUAUGCACACUAUAAGGCUGGGGGCAGCAAGACACACUGAGGGUUGGAGAUCUUAUGAUCAACAGUUUAGGUUGAGAAUGGGUAAUAACCCAGCGAAUUCGUGGGCAAUGAUUGAUAUGGAGCUUUGGCUGUUGUGUAUGGGGCCUCCAAGGCAGCCAGUUCAUGAUACAGGGAAUUUUGUAAGAAAAUGUUAUGAUUUCAAUUAUACCAGAUGCUUACGGUCAGUUUGCAAUUACAAACAUGCUUGUAUGAUUUGUGGUUCCGACCAUCCUUCCAGGGUAUGUCAUCUCAAGCCUCGCAACACCAGUUCCUUGGGAGGAGGGUCUGUCAGGGGGGCUGUCACCCAGACCUCGUACAGGCCUAGAGCUUACACGUUCCGACCUAGAGGCCCAAUUCAGGGGCUCCGGGGCCCGUUUAGCAGAUACUAAUACCUCAGUUUGGUCUCUUGGCAAGUCGCCAAUCAAUGUUGUUACGAUUUCUAAAUAUCUUCAGUUAUAUCCAAAUAAAGAAGUAGCUUCUGUGCUCAGUAAUGGCUUUAAGCAAGGUUUUAAGCUGGGUUAUAAGGGUUCACAUCUAGAUUUCCUUAGGUAGAAUUUCAGGUCCUUUCAAAGUCCCACCAAUUUCCAAUUUAAAAGUAAGUCCAUUAGGCAUUUUAGAGAAGCCAGACGGGGGUUGGCGGUUAAUUACACACCUGUCGUAUCCCAAUGGGUCAAGUGUCAAUGAUGGUUUUAGUGUGGAAGACAUUUCUGUUAAAUAUACAUCAUUUGACAAAGUGGCUGACAUGUUAUUUAGUUUAGCUACGUCAGCAAUGAUGGCAAAAAGAGAUAUUAAAUCGGCUUUUCGUUUAAUGCCUAUUUACCCAGGGGACUUUCACUUGAUGGGGCUUCAGUUCAACAACCAGUAUUAUGUUGACAAAUGCUUACCAAUGGGUUUAUCUAUUGCUCCGGCUUUAUUCGAAUCAUUCUCCACUUUUAUACAUUGGCUAGUAAGUUUCAAAACUGGGAUUCAAACUUUAGAUCAUUAUUUGGACGACUUUAUUUUUGGAAGUGCAGCUGGGUCAAAUAAUUGUAACAUGCUAGUUUCUACUUUCGAGGAAGUAUGCACCGAAAUGGGAGUCCCAGUUGCGGUGGAAAAGUCGGUCGGCCCAACAACAGUACUGACAUUUUUAGGCCUGGAAUUAGAUACUGUGCAAAUGACGGUUAGAGUACCUGCUAAAAAAGUGGAAGAACUUUUGAAGCUUUUGCAAAAUUGUCUAGUAAAAAAGAGACUUACGUUAAAAGAAUUGCAGUUUUUGACUGGGAAGUUGAGUUUUUGUAGUCAAGCAGUAAGAGCAAGUAGGGCAUUCUUGCGCCGAUUUUAUGAUGCUAUGUGUGGCUUAAAAAAGUCCUAUUAUAAGAUAAGAGUUAAUGGUGAAAUGAGAGAAGACAUCCUGAUGUGGAUUCAAUUUAUUGAAGAUUUUAAUGGCGUUGUACAUAUUCCAAAUAAAGUAUGGUUGGAUAACUCUGUCAUUCAUCUUUACACUGAUAGUGCAGGUGGUGCUACUCUUGGCUGUGGUUGUUAUUUUGGAGGUAAUUGGGCCUAUUGCCCAUGGCCUGUUCAAUGGCAAGGCCAACCUAUUUUAUCAGAUAUAAAAUUUUUAGAGAUGGUCCCUGUUUUGUUGGCAAUAUGGCUCUGGGGGGUCUUUUUGAGGGACAGGAAGAUUAAGUUUCAUAUUGAUAAUUUAGGUUUGGUAGAAGUGAUCAACAAACAGUCUUCCAAGUCGAAACGUUUGAUGUUUCUGGUUAGAACAUUUGUGUUGUUAGUUAUGAAAAACUCGGUGGUGUUUAAAGCAGUACAUAUUUCAUCAAAGUCCAAUUACAUUGCUGAUGCAAUUUCUCGUAAACAGUUUCACAGGUUACAACAGUUAGCACCAGAGGCACAAGCGAGUCCAGAAUCAGUCCCGCCGGAGUUUUUACUGAUGAUCUGCAACAAGAGGCUAAUAGAUUGCUAGACAAUUCCCUUGCUGCUAAUACAAAAAAGGCAUACAUCGUUGGGUUAGAGAGAUUCUCUGAGUUUAAAAGGCAAUACGGCUUGUCAGAUGCCUGGCCGCCUACAGUUGAACAGGUGGUUCGAUUUGUAGCAUGGCUAUCCCUACAGAAACUAUCCCACAAAACAGCAAAAUCAUACUUAAGCUCUAUAGCUUUUCAUUGCAAGCUGCUUGAUGUUGUUGACCCUACCAAAAAGUUCAUUGUUUCAAAAAUGGUGGAAGGAAUGCAAAAAGAUAAGAAAACACACGAUAAUAGGCUUCCAAUUACCCUCUCGUUACUGCAAGGGAUAGUAAGCAAACUUAAUAUUGUGUGUUCCAGUGUCUACGAAGCAAAACUGUUCACUGCAGCUUUUAUGCUAGCGUUUUUCGGUUUUCUAAGAGUGGGCGAAAUAGCUGUUCCUAAAAAAGGUGAUAGUAUUUUACAGGCAGCGGUGUUGGCAAUAGAAGAUUUACAAUUUGAUUACAAUGGGGUAAUCAUUUCAAUCCGGCAUUCAAAAACUGAUCAGUUGGGCAAAGGGGUAGCGCUCAAAAUUACUAGGUCAAACAGUGAAUUUUGCCCAGUUGUGUGUCUUAACCAGUAUCUUCAUGUUCGUCCUCAAGGGCCUGGUCCCUUGUUUUUGCACUUUAACAAACAACCAAUUACUCGUUACCAAUUUUCUGCUAUUCUUAAGAAAACGGUUUCUCUUUUGGGUCUAAAUUAUGGGUCUUACAAAUCCCACUCCUUCAGAAUUGGAGCAGCAACUGCAGCUUCCCAACUAGGCUAUUCAGUGGAGAUCAUUAAACAGGCAGGCAGAUGGGCUUCCAAUGCCUACCAAACAUAUGUUCGUCCUGUUCCUGUUGUCAUGCCCAGCCUAAUAAAUAACCCCCAUUAAAAAGGUAUGGUUCAUAUAGUUAGAUUCAUGUGACUAACAAAAACCAAGUUGUAUUUAGGGAAAACCAUCUGGAUACUGGGUUCAUCAAUAAUCAAGCAAGCCUUCAUAGCAGCAAGAUUACGACCUGAAGGGGCCAACCUCUGCCUUGAACCCAACAUCAUCUGGUGGCAAGGGUACAGUGGGUUAACAUUUGCAGAAUCAAAGAAAAAAUUUCUUUCGCUUGCCAAUGUGGGUAAUUCUCCAGACUAUAUUGUGUUACAUGUAGGUGGUAAUGAUCUUGGUCGUCGGUCACUGGUGGACCUUCGAAAAUUGAUUGUCGAGCUAUUCAGGACUAUACUGUCUAUAUUUCCAAGUGUUAAGAUUGUAUGGUCUGCAGUGCUUCCAAGGUCAAAUUGGAGAUAUUCUGAUAAUAAAGUUGCUAUGGACAAAGCAAGAAAGCGCCUUAAUAGUCAUGGUUCAUCUAGGGCUUUGGCAUGUGGAGGGCAUUAAUUGGCCAACUCUGACUUUUGAAAAUUUGAGGAACAUUUGUUUGAGAAGGACGGAGUCCACUUGUCAACUCUGGGUACAGAUAUUUUUCUUUCUAAUAUGUCUGCAGGGCUUGAAAAAUUUAUAAAGCAUAAUACACCAAUCCAUUACUGAAGUUCUAGAUGCACAAAUUUGGGGGUUCUUACAAUUUUAAAUCCCAAACAUUAUGUAUGUUGGUGUUGCUAUUGAGUCCAAAAAUAGAUAUUUGCAGUUAGUUUGUAUGCAUAUUUUUCUUACUCAUAUGUAUGAAAAAAGAAAAAAGAAAGUUUUUUGCUGCUAAUUUUUAUGCAAUUUUUUGCUGCUAGUUUUUAUGCAUUUGUUUUCUGCUGGGUUUUAUGCAUUUUUGCUGCUAGUUUUUAUUCAUAUCUUUGCCUUGUGUUUACAGUUUACUGCUUCCGACUCCAAGCAUGCGUCCAUCCGCCCUGCAGCCAAAGUUCUUUGGCAGUGGCCACCCGUCAUCUCUGGCCCAGCUGGUUUCGAAGUUGGGGCAUUUGGGCCGCUGGGUCAGCGUUGUUGGGUGGCCAUAUGGCAAUCAGUGCCGGAUGGACGCUUUUUACCUGGCACAUUUUUUGGGGAAAAUAUAUAUGAUUUUGUUGGGAGUGCUGAUGGCCGUCACCCGGAGUCAGCACUCAUAUACAAUUUAUUUGUGCAGUUAGUUAUUUGCAGUUAGUUUGGGCUUGCCAUGUUCGCAGGUGGCCCUUGCUGCUUGGAGUCGAGACAUUAUAUGCCAGAACCAUUUUUAUGUUUUUAUGUUAUAAGGUCCUUUAAUAAAAAGUAAAAAUUUAGUUGAGUUUAUAUUUACUGUGUGAAAAGGGUUAUUCAUCGGAGUUUUCAUAUAGGCUUGCCCAUGUAAUGCUAGGUGGCAGUUUGGGUUUAGUUCUUGGCCUCUACAAUAAUAUGGUCUAUUACUAAAUAAUAGACCUGUUUAUUGUUGGGCCACUGCUGGGCUGGUUUUUCAGUUUUCUUAUUGUUGGUGUUUUUUAACCGAAGUAGCGAAUUUUACAGAUUUAAAAUUUCUUUCUCAUUGUUAUCUACACAAACAAAAGGUUGUAAAUUUUCUCCCCUCCCACCCAACCCAUGUAGUUUGUUUUGACACAGUGUUGUUCUGUCACACUUUACUGCGUCCGUUAUAUAUUUAAAAAUUUGGUCAGGCUUAGGGUAAAUAUAGAUUUAUUUUAAGUUUUAUUUGCCUGUCCACAUUAAUUUUAAUAACAUAAGGGGAAACUGAUUGUUUUCCGUACUAGAUUUGGUUUUAGUAUAUUACAUAUUCUGCUGGUUUGAGUUGCGUUUUUCAGUUUGCCGUGUAGACGCAGAGUACCAAACGUCGGAUACUGGUCGGUCACGACUCCACUUCCGAUGGGGCAGUUCGGACACCUCGGGUUCGUCGACAGUCGCUUGAAGUUAACAGUUCCUUGGCAAUCAGUGCCGGAUGGACGCUUUUUACCUGGCACAUUUUUUGGGGAAAAUAUAUAUGAUUUUGUUGGGAGUGCUGAUGGCCGUCACCCGGAGUCAGCACUCAUAUACAAUUUAUUUGUGCAGUUAGUUAGUUUGGGCUUGCCAUGUUCGCAGGUGGCCCUUGCUGCUUGGAGUCGAGACAUUAUAUGCCAGAACCAUUUUUUUUAUGUUUUUAUGUUAUAAGGUCCUUUAAUAAAAAGUAAAAAUUUA